AUGGCUAAUGUGCUGGACUCUUGUGAAUUGAGCAGGUGCCAUUCAAAACAGCCUACGAAACAAAAUUUGGCUGGGAAAACACGAGCAACUCAGUACCCCUCUGAUAGUGAAGAUAGCGCACUCACCGACUCAACUUCUGACUCUGACUCUGAUCUUGAAUAUGAGGUCUCGGGUGAUGAACGUACGGCCAUAACUGAGAAGGAAACUCCUUCGAUGACUUCUCUGACGGGCGCUCGUCCCAUGAAACCACUAGUACCGCAGAGUACGUCGACUGUACACACUAAAAAGCCUUAUGCUUGCACCCAUGCUGGAUGUUACAAGUCAUACAGGAAGCCAUCUCGGCUUCAGGAACACGAAAGAUCUCACACAGGCGAGAGACCAUUUGUAUGCUCUGAAUGCGGAAAUUCAUAUCUUAGAGACUCUCAUUUACGAGCUCACAUUCGUAGCCACCUGCCAUCCAGUGCACUCAUCGGAACAAGAGUUGAUAUCGACCCAACAUGUGGUACCAGAGGGCUCUGCGAAAACAGCUCGGACGCAAAUAUGCGGUCAAAGAUUUUGGACCGCACAACACCUCCGAGCUCACGAAUCAGCUAUCCACCAGGGAGAAAAACCGUACAAGUGCACGCUAUGUACCUUGGCUUUUGGCAAGCACAACGCAUUACGACGUCACAUAGCCGACAGUCUUCUCCUGGGACCAAGCCGUAUCGAUGUGAGCACACUGGCUGUACCAAGAGCUUUGCUACCAAUCAGAAGCUUAAAUCCCACACAAAGGUGCACGAUGCCACUCGUUAUGCAUGUGCCCACCCAGACUGUUCAAACGAUAGUGCAAGCACCCCUGUUCAAUUUCCCACUUGGUCGCUACUGCAAGAGCAUAUGCGCUCUGCACAUCCACCCAAAUGUCCCUAUGCAGCCUGUGAAGGAAGAACUUUCGCCUCGUCUAAAGGACUUCGAGGUCAUCUCAAAACGCAUCGGGAUCGCGAAUUGGAAGCUAGCUACGCCACUGGAUCUUCCGAUACAUCUCUUCUCAAGCGUCCCCAUCAGGGAGUAGACUCCACAAACGAAUCGUCCGAACCGCCUCCCAAAAGACGGCGCGGAGGUGAGGUCGGCAGAGAUUGGCUCUGUCCAAUAGACAGCUGCGCCAAGACAUUUAAAUCGAAAAAAGCUCAGCAGGAUCACAUGCGUGUCAGCCAUGAGGGUCUACGUAAAUUUGAAUGCCCGGAUGCUGGGUGCGACAAGACUUUUGGGUACAAACAUGUCAUGCAACGCCAUUUGGAGCGCCAUCAUCGUCCCCAGAACAAUGAAUCGGCCUUACCAAAGCCAAACUCAAAGCCAACGAAUCAGAAGAAUACUGCCAAGGCGGGCACACUUAUUGGUUUACUCACUGGACAAGACUACGAUGAAUCGCCACAAUCAUCAAAGUCUAACGCGCCCCCUCGACCUCGACUCAUCAGUUGCCCUUGGCCGAGUGCUUUCGGGACGACCAAGCUCGUUAACGAGCCUGCUUCUUCGACGAUUGACAACCUGGUCAAGUGUGCAUUCAAGUUUAGUAGAGCGUAUGACUUGCGUCGACAUCUUCGGAGUGCCCAUGGGUUGGAGGCCGGCGCUGACGAAGUCAACGCUUGGGUUUUGAAGUACAAGCAAUGA